CAACCUCAAAGUCAUGAAAAAAAUGCAACUUCUUCAGUGGAGAUAACGUUAAACAAUCGAAGAAAGACGAUGGAUGGAAUACAAUAACAAAGUAGUGUGAACGUGUGUGAUGGCUCUCGACGCAUCAACCUUCGAAAGCAUAACCCCUUCUCGCUUCAUCUCCUUCACAAUCCCCCAUCCAACAUGUUCCGAUUCCCCCCUCCGAGUUGCCGUGCUCGACUCACCGAUCCACCCCACCGACUCACCCCGAGUCGGUGCCAUGUUAGUCCCCGAAGGCCGCGAAACCGAUUGGAUCUUCUCCACCGAAUUGGGUCAUCUCCAACUCCUCUUAACUGCCCCUCAGAUAUCACGUUUGAUUCUGAUAGGGAACCACUUCAAGGAAGAAACUUUCCCCGCACGUGUGUAUAACCGUCCCUCAGAAUGUUCCUUCCACCAAAAGGGUUUCCACGUGUGGUCAAAACCCCUUCUUUUGGCCCUCUCCCCAAGAUCUUUGUUCAGAAACGGGGUUCCUGAGAUACCCCUUUUGAUUUAUGAGGAUAACUUGGUUUCUAGUGUGGUGAUUCAUGAAUGUGUUGGGUGUUGUGUUGGUGAGAUGUUGGUUGAGGAUGUUGAAAUUGAAAGUGGGGUUGGUCAUGGGAGGGAGUUUAGGAGGAGGUUGAGGUUCAAGAGGAUGCCUAAUUUGAUUCAGACUGAAGUUUGUGUUGUUCCUGAGAGAGAUGGUUGUGGUUUGGAUGGUGUGUGCAUUGGUGGUGAUGUGGGGUUUGUGCCUGAUCUUAGGGUUUUGGUGCACCCUUACUUGGAGCCUAUGGUGGCUAGUCUCGUGUUGGUUUGUGGGGACGUGGAGGCGCGGAUUCGGAAUGGGUUUAGGCCCAAGGCUUUGUGCCUUGGGGUUGGAGGUGGGGCUUUGCUAGCUUUUUUGAGAGCUCAAUUGGGUUUUGAGGUCAUGGGUGUGGAGGGUGAUGGGGAGGUUUUGAGGGUGGCAAGGAAGUAUUUUGGAUUGGAAGAGUGUGAGUUUGUUCAUGUUGUUGUUGGGGAUGCCUUUGAAUCCAUGAAGAAGCUUGCAUGUCAUGGGAAAUUGAAUGGUUGUGAGGUUAAUGGUUUUGGUGGUCAUUUGGUGGAGGAUGAGGGCAAGUGUAGAUUUGAUGUUGUUAUGGUUGAUUUGGAUUCGAGCGAUGUAAGGAACGGUGUAAGUUCUCCGCCUUUGGAAUUUUUGAGAAAGGAUGUUCUUCUUGCUGCUAAAUUAGUUCUUUGUGAAUCUGGGAUUCUUGUUGUUAAUGUCAUCCCUCCAAGCAGGGUUUUCUAUGACAAGUUGGUGAAUCGUUUUAAGGAGGUCUUUCAUGAGCUGUACAAGAUAGAUGUAGGGAAUGGUGAAAAUUUUGUUCUUAUUGCUACGGUAUCACCUCUGGUUUUUUCAGUUGGGGAUUGUGGUAAUUCUUUUCUUAUGCGACUGAAAUCGGUUAUUCCUGAAGCAUACAUUAAUUCCAUAACAAAGAUAUAAAGCCUCACUUGUUGAAGCAAGUGCUUUUGAAGAAUCAUUCAUCUCUGGGAUCUGUAUUGUAAGACUAACAGAUGAUAUGUCAGUAGUUUUGAUACAAUGAUCCAAAAUGGAGAAUGUUUUUCUCAUGCAUCUUUGCCCAUGUGGAGAAUCAUAUUUAAGACUAUUGAGCCAACACUGGAAUUACUUUCAUAUCAAGAAAAGCAGUGGCUUUGCAUCGUUUUUUGGAUCCAAUUGCUUCAAUCAGAUACUGAGGAGUAAGGAGUUACAUUAGCUUGUUAACAAGUAUGAAAGGAUGAUACCUGUAAACAAUGAUUUGCUGAGUUUGACACAGUUAAUAAUAGUUGUACUUACUAUCUUGUAUAUGA